AUGCGUUGCACCAAUCUCACCACCGCAGCCCAGCUUAUACCGGCGCUUCUCAAUACCGUGGAAAACGACAUUGUCCCUCUUACCGCGAAAGGAGUUGCCUCUGGCUCGAAAGUAUUCGGUGCAGCCAUUCUGUCCCGCUCGACUCUUAGCCCAUUGACCGUGGCUACGAACAACGAACAGGUGUCUCCCUUGCUCCACGGUGAGAUCAACUGCAUCCAGAAGUUCUUCACUGUCGACUACAAGCCUCCAAAACCGCGACCUAAUCCCAAGGAUACCAUCUUCCUUGCCACCCAUGAGCCGUGCAGUCUUUGCCUGAGCGGCAUUACGUGGUCUGGCUUUAACGAGUUUUACUACCUCUUCACCUACGAGGACAGUAAGAAUAUCUUCAAGAUCCCUUACGACAUUGAUAUUUUGGAGUCGGUCUAUAGGGUGCAGGGCCAUGAGACCGCCGAGCAGCUUAAGGAGAGGCCGUUAUACAAUAAGACGAACAAGUUCUUCAAGGCACGAUCUAUCAACGAUCUGGUGGACGACUUGCAGGAUGAGGGGGAGAGGGAGAAGUGGCGGCAAGAGAUUCUCAGAGUCAAAGCCUUGUACACCUCGUUGAGUGAGACGUAUCAGCAAGGAAAGAAGAAUGGAACAGACAGCGCUAGUCAAUUGCAGUAA